AAUAGAAACCGCGUGUUAAUGUAACCAGUCUGUGUGGGGGGAAACUGCUACAUUGUUUUCCACUGUAGCAAUUAUACCCGCUUAAACUUCGCACGGUAUACAUUCUAUAUUUAUUCUGGUGGAUAUUCUGCAAUCAAAGAAAAAGAAGCCGAGAAGAUUUCCUGGGGCGGUUUAGAAAUUUGGUCUUGUUACAGAAGUGGCAAUUGCUGUUUUCCGAAAGGUUUUGUUGUCUUAAAGACCGAGAGGAGUUGAGCUGGGACAGCGAAAUCUGCCAGCCUCCCUGAAGACUUUAAAGUCUCUCUUGAAACACCACCUUUUUUUGUGGACCUAAGCCAAGGAUGCGCUUACAGUAAACACUUUAUUUUUCUUUUCGAGGGAAUUCUUAUUAAUGUGCGUUUCUUAAAGGAGAUCGAGCGAUUGUUUGAGCAACGGAGCUAAGCGUCUGGCGGACCCAGCAAUGUUUCCUCAGAGCAGGCAUCCUACGCCGCACCAGGCUGCAGCCCAGCCUUUCAAAUUCACCAUCCCCGAAUCGCUGGAUCGUAUUAAAGAAGAGUUCCAGUUUUUGCAGGCUCAGUAUCACAGUCUAAAAUUGGAAUGUGAGAAAUUGGCAAGUGAGAAGACAGAAAUGCAGCGACACUAUGUUAUGUAUUAUGAAAUGUCUUAUGGAUUGAAUAUUGAGAUGCACAAACAGACAGAAAUAGCGAAACGUCUGAAUACGAUUUGUGCACAAGUGAUUCCCUUUCUGUCUCAGGAACAUCAACAACAGGUGGCACAGGCUGUAGAGCGUGCAAAACAAGUGACCAUGGCAGAGUUGAACAGCAUCAUCGGGGUACGUGGGCUUCCCAGUCUGCCUCUUACACAACAGCAACUUCAGGCUCAACAUCUUUCUCAUGGUCAUGGACCUCCUGUGCCUCUCACUCCUCACCCUUCAGGACUUCAGCCUCCAUCAAUCCCCUCUCUUGGUAGCAGUGCAGGCCUUUUGACUCUAUCAAGUGUUUUGGGUGGACAGCCCCACCUUUCUAUGAAAGAUGAUAAGAAGCACCAUGAAUCGGACCAUCACAGAGAGAGGGAUCCAGGCACUAGCAAUUCCCUGUUGGUACCCGACAAUCUGCGAGGCACUGAUAAGCGCAGGAAUGGACCUGAUUAUUCUAAUGAUGUGAAAAAGAGGAAGGUUGAUGAUAAGGACUCCAUAAGCCACUAUGACAGCGACGGAGAUAAAAGUGAUGACAAUUUAGUAGUGGAUGUUUCUAAUGAGGACCCAUCGUCACCACGAGGCAGUCCUGCACACUCGCCUCGUGAAAAUGGCUUGGAUAAAUCUCGCUUACUCAAGAAGGAUGCUUCCAGUAGCCCAGCUUCCACAGCAUCUUCUGGCAGCUCCUCAUCUCUCAAAUCCAAAGAGCUAGGCCAUCAUGAAAAGACCGGCACCCCAGUGAUGAAAUCCAGUACCCCAACUCCGCGAGGUGAUGUGCCAACUCCGGGCACAAGUGCAUCUUCAGGACCACGUCCGGGCCUCUGCAAACCUCCAGGAAUGGACUCAUUACCCUCAGCAUUAAGGCCACCCUUGGCGGUACCAGGACCUUAUCCUUCACCUUUUGGGAUAGUGCCUCAUUCCGGUAUCAAUGGAGAUCUGAACAGCCCAGGAGGAUAUCCAGGCUUGCACAAUAUCUCACCUCAGAUGAGUGCUGCAGCAGCAGCAGCAGUUGUCGCUUAUGCGCGACCCCCUAUGGUUGGGUUUGACCCUCAUCCUCAUAUGCGUGUACCUGGAAUGCCUCCAAAUUUGACUGGGAUCCCUGGUGGAAAACCAGCCUAUUCAUUUCAUGUCACUGCGGAUGGACAAAUGCAGCCUGUGCCUUUUCCACCUGAUGCCCUGAUUGGACCAGGAAUCCCAAGACAUGCUCGGCAAAUCAACACACUGAGCCAUGGUGAAGUUGUGUGUGCAGUGACCAUCAGCAAUCCCACAAGGCAUGUGUACACUGGUGGGAAGGGUUGUGUCAAGGUCUGGGAUAUCAGCCAGUCUGGCAGCAAAAGCCCAGUAUCACAGCUGGACUGCUUGAACAGAGACAACUACAUUCGAUCAUGCAAGUUAUUACCUGAUGGUUGUACCCUGAUUGUUGGUGGGGAAGCCAGCACGUUAUCUAUCUGGGACCUGGCAGCUCCAACUCCUCGUAUAAAGGCAGAGUUGACAUCCUCUGCUCCUGCCUGCUAUGCUCUGGCAAUCAGCCCUGACUCCAAAGUCUGUUUCUCCUGCUGUAGCGAUGGUAAUAUUGCUGUCUGGGAUCUGCACAAUCAGACGUUAGUCAGGCAGUUCCAGGGUCACACAGAUGGAGCCAGCUGUAUUGACAUUUCAAAUGAUGGUACCAAACUUUGGACGGGAGGUUUAGACAACACUGUAAGAUCCUGGGAUCUCCGGGAAGGAAGGCAACUGCAACAGCAUGACUUCACAUCUCAGAUUUUCUCUCUUGGCUACUGUCCUACAGGCGAAUGGCUGGCUGUGGGGAUGGAGAGCAGUAAUGUCGAAGUGCUGCAUGUAACAAAACCAGACAAAUAUCAACUGCACCUCCAUGAAAGUUGUGUUCUGUCCCUUAAAUUUGCUUACUGUGGUAAAUGGUUUGUAAGCACUGGAAAAGAUAAUCUUCUAAAUGCAUGGAGGACGCCUUAUGGAGCCAGCAUUUUCCAGUCUAAAGAGUCAUCAUCAGUGUUGAGCUGUGAUAUCUCAGUGGAUGAUAAAUAUAUAGUCACUGGCUCAGGAGAUAAGAAAGCAUCGGUCUAUGAAGUUAUUUACUAACAUCUGCAACUGAGAAAAUAUGUCUAGAACAGUUUUUCUUCAUAAACAAAUACACCCUCCUGGGCUUCAGAAUUAAAAGAUGCUUUUCUGAAUGCCUAUACUUAAGGACUGAUCGUCAGUGCACCAAUGAUUGACUGGAUCAAAGAAAACUCCAUCGACCUAGGCGCAAUUAGCUGUUUUUUGGUAGUCCCAAAAAAAUUCCAGGACCCUGCUUUGUAGAACCCUGGAUUAUUAGAAGAGUAUUUGAAUCCUCUCUGACCUCACGUUGUAUUUUUGUUAUUGCCUGAAUUGCUGCGUUUGUGGAGUUGCCUAACCAGAUGUUCAUUUGUUCUUUGAAAGACUUUCUGUCCUUUGUAGUGCAAUGGUAUUCCAGGUGAAAUUGGACCCUGGGUUAUUGCAUCUUGUGAACUGUAUUUUGUAUCUUGAUGGAGCUCAGACAUUUGUACAAAUUGUAAAUAUUCAGUUUAAUACAGUAAAGACAGUAUUGAAAAAAGUGGUUUUGUAACUUUUUUAAAGAUUUUGCUGCAAGCUAAAGAGGGUUCAAACAAGGAUCC